UAAACCAAAACAAUCAUCAGAAAUUAUUAUGAAUCGCCUAAAAAUUUCACUCUCUAAUACUCUAAACUAUUUUCCUGUCCUCGCGGGUCGACUUGUUGCUAGUAAAAACAGUGAUGAUGAUGACACCUUAUCUUUCUUUGUUGAUUGCAGCAAUGAAGGAGCUGAAUUCACACAUGUCACUGCAGUACCUGACUUGAAUGUGGCUGAUAUCUUGGAACAAACUUACGUCCCAAAGAUUGUCAAGUAUUUUUUUCCACUCAAUGGAGUACGCAACUAUGAAGGUGUUUCGAAACCAUUGUUGGCCGUUCAAGUGACUGAGCUAGUGGACGGAAUCUUCAUUGGUUGCACUAUCAAUCAUUGUGUAGCAGAUGGGACUUCAUUUUGGCAUUUCUUCAAUUGUUGGUCUGAAAUAACACGCAAUAGCAAUUCUAAGCUUAUUGUUAAUAAACCACCGGUUCUGGAUCGUUGGUUUCCUGAAUUUGUUGCUAGUCCAAUUCAUGUACAGAAACAUGAUGUACAUGAAGAUGAAUAUGAUGUACCUUUGUUAGAAGAAAGAGUUUUCCAUUUUAGCAAGGAGAACAUAGCUCACCUCAAAGCCAAAGCCAAUUCUAAAUAUGGAAACGACGACCAAAAUAUAAUUUGUAUCUCUUCAUUACAAGCUCUUUUGGCUCAUCUCUGGCAAUCUGUUAUCCGUUGCCGUAACGCUGACGAAAAUUUUAGUUUCAAAUUACUUAUAGGUGCAAGGCCAAGGCUUCAGCCGCCUUUACCUCAAGGCUAUUUUGGAAAUGCUGUGCAUUUUGUCAACAUCACAACCACCGCUAGGGAGAUAUUGGAGCAUGAUUCAGGUUGGGCUGCUUUGCAAAUGAAUAAGGUAGUAUCCACGCAAACCCAUGAAGAAGUUAUGAAUUUUUACCAAAGUUGGGUGAAGAAUCCAAAAAUAGUGAAAAAGAGUGAAGUGGUUUCUAAUAGCUUGAUUGCUAGCAGCUCGCCGCAUUUCAAUGUGUACGACAGUGAUUUUGGAUGGGGGAGACCUGUUGCUGUCAGAAGUGGUGCUGGCAACAAACAUGAUGGGAAAAUUACAAUCUUUUGUGGUGCAGAACAAGCAAGUAUCGACAUUCAAGCUUGUUUGACCCCUCAAACUUUGCAUGCCAUGGGAUACGAUACUAAAUUCAUGGCAGCUGUUACUAAAAUUCAUGACAUCGUUUAAGCUAAUUACAUUAUUAUUAUUAU